CCUCUUUUGUCUGCUUACUAAGAGGUGGAGAAAGCGUCAAGGAUGAUCAGAGUCUACACAGAAACCCUUCACAGACACACAGUGGGUGAAAACUAGUUUUUGGAAGAGAACACAAUGGCUACUACGACAGAGUUGAGUCCCACAGGAGAAAUAAGUAAAUAUUCCCAAGACAUGCAAGUGGAUAAAAAACUCACUCCCAGAAAAGUUCCAACCUUGUGCUCUAUACGUUAUGGAAUAGCCUUUGUCGCACAUCUCUGCAACUUCACAAUAAGGGCACAGGCUAUGAUCAUCAAUAUCACCAUGGUGGUCAUGGUCAACACCACAAACCAUCAGCUCCAACUUAAUGACUCCACCGAGGGGCUUUCUGACUCAUUUGAUGCCCAGACCAGUUUUCCUGCAAAGGCACCUGUGUAUAAUUGGAGCCCUCAAAUCCAGGGCAUUAUAUUUGCGUCUAUCAACUAUGGUACCAUUCUGACUCUGGCUCCCAGUGGAUACCUUGCUGGAAUAAUAGGAACCAAAAGAGUGGUUGGGUUUGCUUUGUUGGGAUCUACACUUCUCACUCUCUUUAUUCCUCUGGCAGCUGAUCAUGGACUAAUAAUUCUCAUUACAACUCGAGUAGUUCAGGGAUUAACCCAGGGAUCAGCACUUGGGGGUCAGUUUGCACUUUGGGAAAAAUGGGGUCCUCCACGUGAACGAAGCCGACUCUGUACCAUUGCUUUAUCGGGAGUGAUGCUGGGAAUCUUUAUUGCUAUCCUCCUCGGUGGUGUCAUCAGCCAAGCCCUUGGGUGGCCUUUUGUCUUUUAUGUCUUUGGAGGUAUUGGCUGUAUCUGCUGUCUUCUAUGGUUUACUCUAGUUUAUGAUGAUCCCAGGUCUCACCCAUGGAUAAACAUCACAGAAAAAGAAUAUAUCCUAUCUUCCUUGGAACAACAGGUUAUCUCUUCUUCUAAGCCAUCUCUCCCCAUCAGAGCCAUGGUCAAAUCUCUUCCACUUUGGUCCAUGUGUCUUUGCUGUUUUGCGCAUCAAGGGUUAACUCACACAGUGGUUACAUACAUACCAACUUACAUCAGCUCUGUGUUUAAUGUUAACAUCAGAGACAAUGGACUCUUGUCUGCCCUUCCUUUUAUUGUGUCCUGGUUCAGUGGAAUACUGGGAGGUCAACUGGCAGAUUUUCUACUUUCAAAGAAUUUUAGGCUUAUUACAGUGAGAAAACUUGCUACAUUUGUAGGGAGCCUCCCUCCUUCAGUACUGCUUGUGGUCCUGCCAUACCUCAGCUCCAGCUAUAUCACAACAAUGACCCUCCUGAUUGUCUCCUGUGGGUUACUCCCAUUCUGUCAAUCUGGGAUCUAUAUCAAUGCCUUAGAUAUCGCUCCAAGACACUCCAGUUUUCUCAUGGGAGUCUCGAGGGGAUUUUCUCAAGCAGCAGCUAUCUUGUCACCAACAGUUUGUGGAUUUCUUCUCGAUCAGGACCCUGAAUUUGGAUGGAGGAAUAUCUUCUUCAUGUUGUUUGCCAUUGACCUAGCAGGAUUGAUCUUCUUCCUCAUAUUUGGAGAAACAGAUGUCCAAGAAUGGGCUAAAGAGAAUAAACUCACUCGUUUAUGAAAAGAAGAGAAAACAGGAAAGUAUUUUUCUCCAAGAUCUUCUCCAUAGUCUCUGCUGGUAGUGGAUCCUCUACAAGUCCCUGGCAAGCAAGAACUCUGGAUACCAUCUGGGAAAUUUAUCAUCCCCUGGCCUCUCAGGCCAUUUUGAUCUUAAACUUUGAUAGUUCUGGAAUCCCGUAAGCUACCUUUGGUUUCCUACAACUUGUCCAAUACUGUGUAAACUGAAUUUUUUAACAAUGUUUUCAAAUUGCCCAGCAUGAGUCUAUCAUAUUUCUUUUCCUGGGUUUCAAGUAUUAGUAUAGCUAAAUCAUAUAUAAAACUCAAAGCAUUUAGUGUACCAGUAUUAGAAUAAAAGUUUACUUUGUGGGAGCAGGGAGGUUAGGGUCAGAGAAUGUUCACGACCUGUAACAAAUCACCAUGAACAACUUUGUAAACCGCAGUGAGUGUUUAUACAAAGUGUAAGGGUAAAAUACAAAUUUUUUUUAAAAAAAGAGAAUGUUCACAGGACAAGGUUCAUAUUCUAGAUUGCUCUUGUGGUGAUCUCUACUUUUAAGACCGAUUUUUAUAGUCACCAGUAUUUGUUAAAGAGUUUGACAAGAUGGUUACUAGGUCUGAAUUAAAAAUAAGUCACGUAAUAUAGAAAGUUAAAUUUGAAUAGACUCAAUGGUACUUGAGAUAAGGAUUCAGGUGCAAGAACUUAUUUUGAGAAUAAAGAAAACAUACAUAAAAUAACAAAUGCUAAAUUUAUAAAUAAGAAAAAAUAUGUAGAAAUCAGUCAACAUAGUGAAAAGGUAAUUUAUAGGAUGGGUAACAAUAUUUGUAAAUCACAUAUAUGAUAAAGGGUUAAUAUUCAAAAUAUAUGAAGAACUCAUGCAAGUCCACUGCAAAAAUAAAAGUCCAGAUCUAAUUGAAAAUAGAAGAACUAAAUAGACAUUUUCCCACAGAAAACAUACAAGUCUUGACAUAUGGAAAAUAAACAAGUUGAAAAGAUGCCAAACAUCACCUCACCAUCAGAAAAUACAAAUCAAAACUUCAAUGAGACAUGAUUGAAUCCUGUUGGAAUAGUUAUUAUCAAAAAAGACAACCAAUAACAAGUUGGUGAGAAUGUUAAGAAAAGGGAAUCUUCAUGUACUGUUUAUAGAAUGGUAAGCCAUUGUAGCUACUGUGAAAAGCAGUAUGGAGGUAACUCAAAAAAUUAAAAUAUAGAAUUAUCUUGUGACACAGCAUAUUCUACCUAUAUAUAUAAAAGAUAUAAAAACAAAAUUUCAAAGAAGUAUCUGCAGUUCUUUGUUUACAACAGCAUUAUCUACAAAGCAAAAAUAUGGUAAUAACCUAAGUGUUUAUUAAUGAUGAGUGGAGAAAGGAGAUUUAUAUAUUAUGAACACUGUUUUUCAUUUAUAUAUUAUAAAAUACUGUUCAGGUAUGAGAAAGAGGAACAUCUUGUUAUUUGUACAUUAUGGGUAGAUCUUGAAGGAAUUAUGCCAAAUGAAGUAAGUCAAACAGAAAAAGCAAGUACCACUUACAAGUGGAAUCUAUGAAAAGCCAAAUUCACAGAAGCAGAGAUUAGAUUGGAAGUUAUCAAAGUCUGGUGACAUGAAAAAAUGGAAGUGUUAGUUAAGAGAUACAAGCUUCUGGUUAUAAGAUGACUGAGUUCUUGGAUCUAAUGCACUUCAGAGAGAUUAGUUAAUAACAGUAUUCUUUGAAUGUUACUGAGAAUUAGUUCUUAAAUAUUCUUACCGCAGAAAAAAAGAAAUGACAGUUGCAUGAUAUGAUGGAGGUUGUAGCUAAGACAAUGGUAGCAAGCAUUUUGUUAUUUAUAUGUGUGUAUCAAUUAAACUGGUUCUGCACUUUAAAUUUACAUAAUAUCAUGUUUUCAAUUGUAUCUCAAUAAAGAUUACUUCUUGGUA